UAUAACUAUGUGUGGUGUUAAGGUGUUUUCAUAACGGUUCUUCAUACUGAGUUGAGAGAGGUGAAGCGAUGAAAAGGGAUAGAAAAGGCGAGAUUUGGGAUUUCGAGCAUGAACUGCCAGGCGACGGUGGUAGUGGUGGUGGCGAUCAGAAACUAAUACUAGGGUUGGAUGGUGGGACGACUAAGACGAUAUGCAUAUGCAUGCCUAUCAUCCCUUUCACUCCAAACCAUUCUCCGCCUGUUUAUGCUCGUGCUGUUGCCGGCUGCUCCAAUCACAAUAGCGUCGGAGAAACUGCUGCAAGGGAGACACUAGAGCAAGUUAUGGCAGAAGCUCUUUCAAAAUCGGGUUGUAGUAGGUCUGCUGUUCGUGCGGUUUGCUUAGCCGUGUCUGGAGUUAACCAUCCAACAGAUCAGCAACGGAUUUUAGAUUGGCUCAGUGAUAUAUUCCCCAACGACGUUGAAUAUUAUGUUGAGAAUGAUGCCGUGGCAGCUUUGGCUAGCGGAACAAUGGGAAAACUUCAUGGGUGCGUUUUAAUUGCUGGUACGGGAACCAUUGCUUAUGGUUAUACCGAAGAUGGGAGAGAAGCCCGGGCUUCUGGGGCAGGGCCAAUCUUAGGUGAUUGGGGAAGUGGAUAUGGUAUAGCGGCAAAAGCUUUGACAUCAAUAAUAAGAGCUUAUGAUGGGCGCGGUCCAGAAACAAAGCUUACUUACAGCAUCCUUCAUCAACUCCAGCUUUCUUCUCCAGAUGAACUAAUUGGGUGGACGUAUGCUGAUCCAUCCUGGGCUCGGAUUGCAACUUUAGUCCCUGUAGUGGUAUCGUGUGCAGAAGCGGGUGAUCAAGUUGCAAAUGACAUAUUGCUUCAUACUGUUCAGGAGUUAGCGUCAAGUGUUAAAGCUGUUGUUCAGAGACUCGGAUUGUGUGGUAAAGAUGGAAAGGAUGCUUUUCCUCUUGUUAUGGUUGGUAAUGUUCUUGAAGCCAACAGGAGGUGGGAUAUUGGAAAAGAAGUAAUUAAAUGCAUUUCCAAGGAUUUCCCAGGGACGCGCUUAGUUCGGCCAAAGGUGGAGCCUGCUGUUGAAGCAGCAUUGCUCGCUUGGAACUAUCUGAUAGAACAAUACCAGCAGGAGCUUUAAGGCAUCGACUAUGAUUAGUUUCGUGUCCCUUGGGUUGAUCGCAGCCGUAAAACCUGUUGGGCAUUAUUGAUGUCAAGUGGUUACGAAUUGUAUAGUAGUAGCAAGUGAAGAUACAAAAAGUAGAGAAACCAAAAGACACUUAAAAAGAUGAUUUUUUUUUUUUUUUUUGUGUGAUUGUUGUGAUUUAAUCUUUUAUCUUGUGCUUAUACAGUUUUAUAUGUUGUUGAUAAAUAUACGUUCUCGUUUCUUUUAA